AUGAUUUUGCAGCUGUUCGAGAGCGGCAACAACAACCUGUUGCCCAUCCUUGCCAAGGCCGAUUAUCGUCCUUACGGCUGCAAUUUCUCAGGGGCUGUCACCGGACGAUUCACCAACGGGAGGACCGUCCCCGACGUCCUCACUUGUCUUGAUUUAUUAGCCGAACUUUUGGUGCUGCCUAAUCCUCCACCGUACCUGAGUUUUAGGACAUCAGGAGUGAUUACCGGAGUAAAUUUCGCGUCUGGGGGAUGUGGCAUUCUUCCUGAUACAGGAAACUUCGUGUGUUUUUACAGGGCAAAUGUCCAAGUGAGAUUGUUUGAGAGUGCUGCCCUCAAUGAUUUACAAAGACUCUUCAAGAGCUCCGAUGAGUUCUCCAGCUAUUUGGCCAAGUCAAUCUUGGCCUUCUCAAUCGGCAACAAUGACAACAUCCUCAACAUCCUCAAUCCAACGUUCUACAACACAAGCAAGACCUACAAGACUCAGCCAUUGGCAAAGUUCCUUGUUGCCGUGCUUUCUCGGCAUCUAGAGAGCCUAUAUAAUAGAGGAGCAAGAAAGUUUAUUGCCUUCGAGAUUCGCCCGAUGGGGUGCAUCCCCGCGAUCUCGAGGAAAUCGAAGCACGAUGGAGUAUGUGACGAAGGAUCGAACUUUCUAGUUUCCUACUCCAGUCAAAUGCUUCAACCGAUGCUAGAGAACAUGACAUCUAGUCUCGCAGGAUCAAUGUUCAUUAUCGGUCGAGCGAAUUCGCUUGGCUACGAUGCAAUAAUCAAUCCCUCCAGAUAUGGAUUGACAAACUCAAGAAACCCUUGUUGCACAACGUGCGUAAACGGAACUUUGCCGUGCGUUCCAUUGCUAACCCCGUGUCCUAAUGCCGAUAAACAUUUCUUUUGGGACGGAUAUCAUCCGACUGAUGUGGUUUCCUCGAUCAGAGCUUCUAGGUGUUUUAACGAUACAAAAGUCUGUUCUCCGGUUAGCAUUCAAGAUCUCAUACAAAUAUGA